AUGGGUGACGUGGAGAAGGGCGAGAAGAUCUUUGUUCAGAAGUGUGCCCCGUGCCACACGGUGGAGAAUGGGGGCAAGCACAAGACAGGGCCCAACCUGAACGGCCUCUUUGGCCGAAAGACCGGCCAGUCUCCCGGCUUCUUCUACACAGAUGCCAACAAGAACAAAGGUAUCAUAUGGGGAGAGGAUAUGCUGAUGGAGUACUUGGAGAACCCCAAGAAGUACAUCCCUGGAACCAAGAUGAUCUUCACAGGCAUUGAGAAGAAGGGAGAAAGGGCAGACUUGAUAGUAUGCCUUAAAAAGGCUACCAGCGAGUAAUGGCUGUCUGCUGCCUUAUUUAUUAUAAAAAGGAGGUGUCUCUCUUGUGAUGAGAUUGCUUUUCUUUUUUUAUAUGUAUCAUAACAAUCCUAUUUAAAUUGGUUUCAUCAACCAGAGAAUUUUGAUCAUGAAUGGCUGUUUAAAAAUUUUGUUCAGCAGUCCCAAUAAA